AUGUGUGCCUAUGUGGCACGCACUGAAUGCGCCUCCACCUUGGGCGCCAUCCACUAUCAGUUAUCACCUCCCCCAGAACAGGAGCCAUUGUCUCCGUUGUCACCCCCUACACCAAAACUUGGGGAUGAUGACGAAGAGACAUCGAGUACACGUGACAUUGGUCGUGUUAUUCCUGGACCAGCUGGUUUGGUCCAAGCUACAAUGAGGAACAGGGAAGCUGAAAAUCCGUUGCCAACACAAGAGUUUUUGGCUGAUCUUAAUGGACCUGCGAUGUUGGUGUUCAACUCUAACCCGUGGCGCUAUGCUAUGCAUUAUGUGAAAUCUAGAGGUCUACCUGAAGUGACUCCAUUGAUUAAUAUCGACCACAAUUUACAAAGAGUCCCAACAGUUGUUGCUUUUGUGGAGUCUAUGACCCCAACUGGACAGGGAAAUUAUACUAUUAAUUUAAAGGACCCAACUGCAGCGAUUGGUGCAAGCUUACAUUACAAAGUUAAGCAACACCGACAAUAUGGGGAAGACAUUGUUGUGGGGUGUGUGUUAAUUCUGAAACAGGUUGUCGUGUUUGCCCCCAGGCGUUUCCGUGAUCCUUACUUCCUCAAUAUAACUAAAAAUAAUAUAAAACGGGUUAUUCCGAAGGAUAUCUGAUUUGAUGAGAAAAAGUAUUUGUAAUUUAGUUUUAGGUUUAUUUUUAAUUCGAAUGGUUGUAAUG